AUGAAGUUCAAGCUCCGCGAGGGAAGCCAGAAGCAACUGGAGAAGACGAAACGGAAGCACGCCAAUUGUACCCCCAAAAGCCAGACCAGAUAUGCUAAACAAAGUGAGAAUCGAAACCGUCUACUCUCCAGUUUGUAUCUCUUUGGAACCUGGAACAUCGCCUUUGAGGGAGAGGUGGCAGCCGCAGAAAUACAAAACAGAAGCACGCCCAUUGCAACUCAACUGAACCCAAAGAACCAAAGAAACAAAACAAUACAGCCUAUCAUCCAUUUCUUACCCUCCUUACAGCCCAAAUUCAUCGACGAGAAUUACUGA